AUGAAGGGAAAAUGUGUUCGCAUAGGAUGUUAUGGUGCAUUUUGGGGUGACUCGGUGUCUGCAGCGUAUCAAUUGGUUAAGGAAGAAGGCCCGAAGUUGGAUUAUUUGGUUGCUGACUAUCUUGCUGAGGUGACAAUGGGUCUUCUGGCUCGCCGCAGGAACCCGAGAUUAUCUAAGGAGAGAAAAGACUUGGGGGGUGCGGGCGAAGGUGGUUACGUUGCUGAAUUUAUAACCUUAGUUCUCCAGGGACUUUUGCAAGAUAUUGUUAAGCACAAUAUUAAGAUCGUUACAAACGCUGGAGGAUUGGAUCCCUUGGCAUGCAAGUUGGCAAUUGAGAAAAUUAUAAAAGAAAAAAAUAUCGAAGAAGGAAAAAUCGUCGUCGCUGCGAUUACGGGUGAUGACAUCAUGAAUCAAAGAAAUGUGGAAAAGGAUAAUUUUCGUGAAUUUAGUCAUAUCCACGGUAAUAAAGAAGAUGCAGAAUCUUACCCCGAUGACAAAAAAGAGAUCAUUUCACUCAAUGCAUAUCUUGGAGCUGUCCCAAUUGCACAAGCAUUGAACACAGGCGCUACUAUAGUGGUCACCGGCAGAUGUGUGGACAGUGCUUUGGUUCUGGGUCCCUUGAUUUAUGAAUUUGGGUGGAAUCCUUAUAGUGAUUGGGAUAGACUAGCAUCUGGAUCGUUAGCUGGGCACAUUUUAGAAUGCGGUUGUCAAGCUACUGGAGGAAAUUUCACAGAUUGGGAGCAGAUCGUCUUUACCCCCAAUGGAGGAUGGUCCAAUAUGGGUUAUCCUAUCGCGGAAUGUUUCCCAGAUGGUAACUUUGUAGUGACAAAACCAAAAGAGACCGGUGGACUUGUGACGCCGGCAACAGUCGGUGAACAAAUGUUAUAUGAGAUAAUGGAUCCAGGCUCCUAUAUACUACCUGAUGUAAUUUUAGACAUGAGAAAUGUAAAAUUGAAACAAUUAAGUGAAAAUAAAGUGUUGGUUAUGGGAGUGAAAGGAAGACCCCCAACGAAAUUCUUAAAGGUCUCUGGAAUCUAUGCAGACGGCUAUAAGAUGACGAGAUCUUUGGUCAUUGGAGGAAUUGACGCGCGGAAAAAGGCAGCUGCCGUAGGAAGCGCGAUUAUUUUACGAGUGCGCUCCUUACUAAGAAGACUUGAAAUGGCGGAUUUCCGUGAUGUUAAUGUCGAAAUAUUGGGAGCCGAACAUACUUAUGGGCCCCAUGCCAGAACUCGUGAUACACGCGAAGUUGUCCUGAAUAUAACGGUCCAUCAUGAUGACGCACGUGCGCUGAAACACUUUUCAAUGGAGCUUUCUCCUGCCGCUACGUGUAUGGCACCGGGAAUAACUGGAGGUGGAAUGGGUCGACCUCGCCCCUCUCCGCUUCUUGUACAUUUCUCGUGUCUUGUUCCAAAGGGCAAUGUUCCAUCGGUUGUCACGGUGGGAAAGAAUCACUCCUUGACCAUACCGUUCAACAUCCCUAAUCACGAUGAAAGUGAGAUACCCCCACCAUUACCACAAAUUCGGUACAAUAAAGGGGACGAGGAAAAUGUCGGAAAUGAUACGUUAAUAAAAGUACCAUUAAUAAGAUUAGCAUGGGGUCGAAGUGGGGAUAAAGGAGACACCUGUAAUAUUGGAAUCAUUGCUCGGGAGCCCAAGUAUCUUCCGUACAUAAAAAGAACCCUAACAGAAGAAACUGUCAAAGAAUAUAUGUCACAUUUGUGCAAAGGCAUGGUAAAAAGGUAUGAGGUGCCCGGUAUUAAUGGAUUGAACUUUGUCUUAACCAGAUGCUUAGGAGGUGGAGGGUUAAGUUCUUUGCAUAUUGACGGACAGGGUAAAACAUAUGCUCAAAUGCUAUUAAAUAUAAAAAUUGGUAUACCGCCGGAAUGGUUUGCAAAACUUUGA